GCCUACAAGAGGAGGGGUUGACUUGACUUCCACACCUACAGAACUUUGGGAAGCUGUUUUUGUUGUACAGUGGGCUGAGUAUUAAUAUCGGCUGGGGUCGGUGUGUCUUUAUAGAUGGUGGAUAAAUUACUGUACUGAACCAUUUCUCGUACUGUGGCUUGAAAUACUCCAGGAUGUUGCCAUUUGCAAGCUGGGUGGCCUGCCUAGGAUCAUUGGGGCUGAUGCGAUUAAUGGGAAUGUCAUUUUCCUGGAGUCUUGCUGCCAGCUUAGGUGUUUACCUUGGGAGUGGUGGAUGGAGGUUCGUCCGGAUCAUAUGUAAAACUGCAAGGAGAGAUCUUUUUGGUCUGAUGGUGCUUUUGAAAGUCAAGUCUGAAUUAAGGAAUCACCAGCUGGCUAACAUGACCAUACCCAUGCUUUUUCAAAAGGUGGUUCAAAAACAACCAAACAAGACUGCGUUGAUUUUUGAGGGAACCGAUGAAAAAUGGACUUUUCGCCAGUUGGAUGAGUACUCCAAUGCAGUGGGUAACUACUUGUUGCAGUGUGGAUUCCAUAAUGGUGAUGUUGUUGCAUUGUUUAUGGAAAGUCGAUUGGAAUUUGUUGGUUUCUGGCUGGGAAUGGCAAAGAUUGAUGUAGAAGCAGCACUCAUCAAUUUCAACCUGCGGCUCGAUUCUCUCGUUCACUGCAUAUCAGCCUCUAAUGCUAAAGCAGUGAUAUUUGGCAGUGAGCUAAGUUCUGCAAUAACUGAGGUACAUGGCUCGCUGGGGAAGAACAUGAGGAUGUUCUGCAGUGGAGAACUGAAACAGGAAAACAUUCCUUUAGGCACAGAACAUGUAGACCCUGUACUGAGAAUGACAUCUAUCUCUCCUCCUCCAGCUGUUUCACAGAAAGGGUUUAACGAUCGACUUUUCUACAUCUAUACAUCUGGUACCACUGGAAUGCCCAAAGCAGCCAUUGUUGUACACAGCAGGUACUUUCGAAUUGCUUCCUUUGGUCACUAUGGAUUCAGACUUUCUAGUGAUGACAUCCUUUAUGACUGCUUGCCACUUUAUCACUCUGCAGGAAACAUCAUGGGUAUUGGUCAGUGUGUGCUGUAUGGCCUCACUGUAGUGAUCAGAAAGAAAUUUUCAGCCACUCGAUUCUGGGAUGACUGUAUAAAGUACCACUGCACGGUGAUUCAGUACAUUGGCGAGAUUUGUAGGUAUCUUCUCAAUCAACCAUUUCGAGGUAGUGAACAAAAGCAUCAAGUUCGCUUAGCAGUAGGAAACGGUUUGAGACCAAAUAUCUGGGAAGCCUUUUCCCAGCGAUUCCAUAUUAAACAAAUUGGGGAGUUUUAUGGUGCAACAGAGUGCAACUGCAGUGUGGCCAAUCUGGAUGGAACGGUGGGUUCAUGUGGAUUUAGCAGUGUUAUUUUACCAAAUGUUUACCCAAUUCGCUUGAUAAAAGUGAAUGAGGACUCCUUGGAACCAAUCAGGGAUUCAGAUGGGCUCUGUAUUCCUUGCCGUUCAGGAGAACCAGGUCUACUUGUUGGAAAAAUAAACCAGAAAGAUCCCCUUCGCAGAUUUGAUGGCUAUGCCAGUGAUGCUGCAACUAAUAAGAAGAUAGCCUAUAAUGUCUUCAAAAAGGGAGACUGUGCUUACGUGUCAGGAGAUGUUUUAUUGAUGGACGAAUAUGGCUACAUGUACUUUAAGGAUCGUAGCGGUGACACCUUUCGUUGGCGUGGAGAGAAUGUCUCAACAACUGAGGUUGAAAGCAUCUUGAGCCAUAUACUUAAUCAGACUGAUGUGGCCGCUUAUGGUGUAGAGAUACCAGGUGUGGAAGGUAAAGCAGGAAUGGCUGCCAUUGCAGACCCAGAAGGAAAGAUUAAUCCUAGCAUUUUAUACCAAGACCUCCAGAAAGUGCUGCCACCCUAUGCCAGGCCUUUGUUUCUCCGCCUAAUGCCAGAAGUUGAUACCACAGGCACAUUCAAGAUUCAGAAGACCCGCUUACAGAAGGAGGGCUUUAAUCCCCACCUCAUCAGUGACCAUCUCUAUUUCCUAGAUAACAAGUUGGGAAAGUAUGUAGCUAUUGACACCAGCAUCUACAAAGCCAUCCAAAAUGGGAAGAUUCCCUUCUAAUGAAAAAUUAUGGAAAAUUACAUUGUUGGAUUGAACUGACAGAUGAAAUGCAUCAAACAAAAGAUGGUUUGCAGGCGAAUAGUAUUUUAGCAAGAAACAAGCUCUCUGCAUAAAAGCACUCGUUGCUAUGGUAAAGGCCCAUUAUUUUAAACCCUUUAUUAUGAUUACAGAUCUUAAAGAAGAAACUUUAACAGCACUGCAUUAACUUUAUGGCUAGAAGUACAGACUGCUUGCAGAAACAUGUUCUCCUUCCAACUUUGCUGUGUGCAGAAGGAGACUAGUCUAACUUAGAAGAAUCACUGAAUCACAUCGUUUCAACACCACACCUGGAGGAAGGUUUUUGGAUGAAGCCACAUGAUGGAUUGUCUACUUUCAUAUCAUGUGUUUUAAACUGUUGCCUCCCAAAGGUUAUGAUAUGCACACUGUACUGGUUUUAUUUAAAUAAGUGUUUUAACUUAAAUUUGUAUGUAGGAUCAUUCAGACUGUUACUUCUGCAUACAAAGCAGAAUAAAGCAAUAAGUAUGGUGAUCUGAAAUAA